CUUUAAUAAUCUUAUUUUAAUUUUUGUUUAAACAGCAGUCCGUUUAAAAACUGUAUAAAAAUCAAUUUCAAACGGACUCCUUAUUCAUAUCAAUAAAUUUGAAACACAAAAUUCAACGAUUGCUGUACCUGUUUGAAGAUAGCGCCAAUGGAUACUUUUACCCUAUCUUUUUGUUUUUUUAUGCUUUGUUUAUCUUCAACCCUUGCUGAUCCUGAUGGUCCACCACACACGCAUACAUUAGAAAAUUUAUGCAAGGAUUUAAAAGAAUCAAUUGAUGAUGGAACUUUUUUUGGUCGCAAGAAGAUUCUGGACGAUUGCUCGGCUAAAUCCCUUCCACCGGAUCAAGUUAAAGCUAUGGAAAAAUGUCGAUCGAUGAUCCCGCUGGAGACUCCAAGUGAUGUGGAAAAGGUUUGCUCUGAUAUUAAGUCACAUGAACCUAAAUUUAAUGAGGCUCGAUCAUGUUUCAAAUCCAACUCCCCUGCUUCAGACGCCAAGAAAACUUUUCAGGAUUGUAUUAAAGAAGCUUUGGAUAAGGAAUGAAUCAAUCAAUGCAAUCAAUUCGGAUCAAGUUUCGGAUAUCGGCCUUUUAUUAACUGUCUUACAUCGUUGUUACACACUAAAAAUAUGAUUUUCUGGUCUAUUAUUAUUAAAUGAAUAGAGUUUAUUGUCAAA